UAUAAUCGUGUGACUCACGACAACUACCCGAUUCUUUGCUGCACUCGCCCAGUCUUCGAAGAUACAAAUCAAAAUGAUAAUCAUAUUCUUCCCACCACAACGAUGCCAACGUCAGCAGAUGAACACCAGCCGACAAUAAAAACUACGAGCACAACAACAGUUGCCUCUCAAACAAAUAGCGAUGAUGAACGUUCAGCGUCGGAUGACAAAAACUCGCCACCGGAAACUUGUCGAGUGCCACACGAUGGCAGCGAUGGCACCUGCAAACCAUUUCAAACUUGCACCGAACUAAUCACACGCGCACAACAAAAUCCCACCGAUAAGGAAUUUCGCAGGCAAUUGGAAUUGUCGAAUGCUAUCUGCUUUAGCAUCGGCACGAAUAUUUGCUGUCCGGUGGCGGAGAAAAAAACGGUGCAGCGUUCAAAUGAUGCCGCAUGGCAUCUGCCAUCCGAAGACGAAGGCUGUGGCCUGACGCAUCUUUCAACAUUGAAAGUUGUAGGCGGUGGUAAUAGCAGCAUUGGAUCUUGGCCAUGGAUGGCUCUAAUCGGCUAUGAUCGAUAUAGCUUAUCGCCAUUUCGCUGUGGUGGCGCAUUGAUAACAGCACGACACGUACUGACCGCAGCUCACUGCAUUUUGAGAGACUUAUCAUUUGUACGCUUAGGCGAAUAUGAUUUGAGCACCGAAAGGGAAACCCAACAUUUGGACAUCGAUGUAGUGAAGUCAGUGCGUCAUCCAAAUUUCGGUGGUAGAGAUCGCCGCUAUGACAUUGCUGUCUUAUAUCUGGAGAAAAAUGUCGAUUUUACAGAUUUCAUUUGCCCCAUUUGCUUACCCACAUCACAGCAGUUGCGCAGUAAAUCCUACAUCGGCUAUCAUCCCUUUGUAGCCGGUUGGGGACGUGUCAUGGAAGGUGGGCGCUCAUCAAAUAUACUACAAGAACUACAAAUUGAAGUUAUGGAUAAUUCUGUUUGUCGACGUAGCUAUGAAGCGAACAAAAGGCUUGUAUCCAAUCAACAGUUCGACGAUACGGUGGUAUGUGCCGGCGAUUUGGGUGGCGGACGUGAUACGUGUGGCGGUGAUUCGGGUGGACCGCUAAUGGUGGCGGAGCCAUAUAAAGGCGUGACACGCUUCUAUGCACUCGGCGUGGUCUCAUACGGCAUUGGUUGCGGCCGCAUUGGCAUACCAGGCGUUUAUACAAAUACACAACAGUACAUAGAUUGGAUAUUGGAGAUGCUGGCGCAGACGUAGUACCCGCCCGCACAUGAAUGUUUGCCUUAAUUUCUAGUUUUUAAUUUUAAGUAAGUGGCGCUUUUCAAUCUUGGUUGGCUAUAAAUAUUAUAGUACUAUAUAGCGGUUGUCCACCUACUAAGGAUGUAGGGCGCCAUAGCUUAAGUAAUCGUUAACUUAAACUUAAGCAAGUAGUUUCAAGGUGAAGAAGAAAUAUGGCAACUGCUUAAGUUUACUACGCCUGUUGAUUUCCGAAUAAAUGUGCUCUGAAAAAGUCUACACAUGUAUGUGUACAUAUGUAUGUACAUAUGUAUCUAUUAAAUACCAAUUUUAUAGGUACUCGUUGCUAUAUCCUUUUUUUCCGUGAAACUGCAUGCUUUGUUAAAAUUUUUUUUUAAACUUUUAUAUGUAAAUAUUUUUAACGUAGCUUUGAAAAAUCAGCUCUAAGCGCAUUUUAAAAAAUGUUAGUUAAAAAAAUUAGU